CGGCUGACUCAGUGCCCGCAUUAACUCCGUCACAGAGGGAGCUCCAGCCACACCGACAGCUCAGUAUACACACACACACACACACACACACGCACACGCACACACAAGCCAGAUCCGGGAGCUGCUCAAGUCCGCGACCGCCGACACGGAAAAAAAACAAGUAGCCUGUUGAGGAAGGAGAGGUCGCCGGCUGCUGCUGCUGCUGCUGCUGCUGUCGCUGGAGCAGGAAGGGAUACUUCAGGUGCACUUUGUUAGCACAGUUCCACACGCAUCUCAGUGUCGGACAGGAGAUAUCAGAGUCGAAAGGGAACCGAGUGGGACGUCUGCUUUCUUCCGCAAGAAGAUGGCAUCAACUGACUCGCGGCUCCAGCAGCAGCCCUCUCAGAAGGAUGCGGCCGACCAGAACUUCGACUACAUGUUCAAACUGCUGAUCAUCGGCAACAGCAGCGUGGGGAAAACCUCCUUCCUGUUCCGUUACGCGGACGACUCCUUCACCUCCGCCUUCGUCAGCACCGUGGGCAUCGACUUCAAGGUCAAGACCGUCUUCCGCAACGACAAGAGGAUUAAGUUGCAGAUCUGGGAUACAGCAGGACAAGAGCGUUACCGUACCAUCACCACAGCCUACUACAGAGGAGCCAUGGGCUUCCUGCUCAUGUAUGACAUCACUAACCAGGACUCCUUCAACGCAGUGCAGGACUGGGCGACGCAGAUCAAGACGUACUCAUGGGACAAUGCUCAGGUGAUCCUUGUCGGUAACAAGUGUGACCUGGAGGACGACAGGCUUGUACCCACAGAGGACGGCCAGCGACUGGCAGAGGAGCUGGGUUUCCAGUUCUUCGAGGCCAGCGCGAAGGACAACAUCAACGUGAAGCAGGUGUUUGAGCGUCUAGUGGACGUCAUCUGCGAGAAGAUGAAUGAGAGCAUGGAGGGAGACAUCAACCUCGUAUCCAACCACAGGAACCAGGGCCUUAAAGACUCGCCAUCAGAGAGCCAGGGGGGCUGUGCUUGCUAAACCAUCUGUCUUCUUCCCACACACACACACACACACACACACACACACACACACACGCACGCUGAUACUCCUACAUGAAGAUCAACUCUUUCUCUGUGCCUCAACCAAGGAAAGUGCCGCACCUCUUCCUCUCUCUUCACUCCAGCCUUGUCCAGCUCUGCUUUGUCCGCACAUCGCUCUGCACAAACCAAAGGACAGCUAGCUGAGAUAAUCGUCACCGAUGCUGUUAGACCCCCCCCCCCCCCCCCCCCCCAUGCCUGGCCUUCUGUCUUUUCCCUCGUAGAGGCCCACUCUGCCUCUGUCUGUGGUGAGCUGAUAGUCCAACAAAACCUGCCCCGUGCUCUGUCCACUCCCUGCAUCAACCGCCUUGACCACUUGGCAUCAUAAACUUACUAUAUUUAAAACAUUCAUUCCUUUGAUUUCCUGUGUCAGAUAUUUGUGCAGAUAGCCAGAAGCUAGUGUUGCCAAAUGUGUUGGAGUCACAGAUAGUGUGUGAUGAUAUCUGUACUUUGACAUUCACACAGUACAUGUGCUAAAGUUUCACUUUACAUUUGUCUUAACUCAAGUUUACAAUGACGACAGCAGCUGGCCUUGAAAAACCAUAGUCGAUAUUGUGAGCUCAGUUUUUUGCUAAGAUACAUUUAUUGAAUUUGUUUAAUUGAUUUAAUUGUCGCUCCUGAACUGAAAUGAAUCAUGUUUCUACAACUGAAGGCCUUAUUAUUUUUUUUGCGUCAAAGUUUGAAAGACAUUUCUUGGACGCUUUGUGGCUCAUGAAUGAUUUAAGGAGAGAAGCAUGAGUCUUUUUUUCUUUUCUUUUUUUACAGCCUCUUGAAAUGAUCUGCUACUUCAUGUCUCUACCAAUGUCAUCCUGGCAAGUCGAGACGAGACGAGAAGUUUAACAUCAGUAAAUAUGAAGCUACACCCAGCAGCUUAGCUUAGCACAAAGAUGUUGUUCUUUUUAGUAUGGAUAAACAAAUGAGACAUAACGUUAGGAUUUUAUCAUCUUUGGACAGAGCCAUGCUAACUGUUUCCCCCUGUUUCCAGUCUUUGUGCUAAGCUAAGCUAACCGCCUGCUCACUGUCGCUUCAUAUUUACCAUCCAUGACAUUUAGCUCUUCGUAUCUAACUCUUUCCCAAAAUGUCGAACCGUCUCUUUAAAAUAAAAUCUGAUUCCAUUAAACGUUGAAGAAUAAUUCUUUAAAUAUUGACGUGUCAGCGCAGCGCGGCCACAUGAAAUUCAGGUGUGAGAACAUGUAUGUCUUCGUGUUGAUUUUUUUCACCCCUAGAAAAUUUCUCUGUUGUGAGAUCCUGAAUAUACGUCUCAUCAUCCAUCACUUAUUAUGAAAAAUAAAGACGAUAGAUCAAGAUCAGCAUGAUAAAGAAUAGGAUCAGCAGGAUGUGAUCACGACCCUUAUCGUGUAUUUAGAAUCUUAAUGUCAGUGGUGAGCUGCUGCGCUGCUCCUCGUCUCCUGCGCUAACCUGAUUGUGGAUGGGAAACGUUGUUGUGCUCUGUCCUCUCCUCAGUGUUCGUGUGAGGAAGUCGUUUAACACUGGCGACACUUGUGUUUAUCACAUGACCUGCCUCGUGGCAUGUCCUCGCUCACCACUUUGUGCCACUCUUUCUUCUCUUACACACACUCACGCGCACACACACGCUUUCACCAUUACACACAUACAGACGCACAUACUGUUCCCCCAACAGCAGCAUGGCAAAACAGUUGGCAUGGCAAAAAUACUAUGCUUAACAACUUUAAUAAGUAUUUACAAAGUAGUGAAUGAACUUUUUAUUGUUUGUUUGUCACUCACAUAAUAUCUGUUUUUGCAAAUGCAGCACCGUGUGUGUGUGUGUGUGUGUGUGUGUGUGUGUGUGUGUGUGUGUGUGUGUGUGUUCGUGUGCGUGUACUCAGAAAGGGAAGAACACUGAUCUCUUGAUAGGUUUACGUCUCAACUUUGCUGUUGCCACCAUCAGGAAACGUAAGGUGCUGGUGCAGAAUGUUAGUUCGAGGAUCCUGUGUCACUUUAUAUCCCAUUACUGUAAAAUCUGUCCUCUUCACGUUUGCCACCUGUUGAACUGUGCAGCUUUUGUUGUUCAUUUAUACUGUUUUUGACAUUUCAGUAUUGAACCUGCUGGAAACUGUGUCCUGAUUGAUGAAAUUGACAUUUGAAAAUCUCACAAAAGGACAUUUGCUUUGCCAUUUUUAUCAAUUAAUUGCCAUCAACGGUGCCGUUCCAAGUGCUGACUACUGACUGUCAGUUAGUAUCAACCACAACCUCUACACCACGAUAGCAGCCUCACGUUGCCAGGCCAAAGCUCAUUGCCGCUCCGCACAGAGGGAGGGAGGGUUGGGGUCACAACCGGUGGUCAGUCCACUCCCUGCUAUUGUGUAAGCCUGAGGUCAGUUAUCUCUGCUGUCAGCAUGUGCUGCUGGACAGUGAAUAGUUUCGCAGAUAGCUGGUGUUAUCACCUCAUCUGCACCACGGUGAGUUUAACAUAAGGAGGCUGUGUACAGUCACAGACUCAUGACACUACAUUUGUGUUACCCCAAUUUGUGUAAAAGCACUGUGCGGUUGUGCGACCUAUUUAAAUGGAAGCAGAGGCAUCAGAGAGCGUGUAGUAUCUGUGACAGUUUCACUAUGGCGGCUGCUGCUCGCCUACACGCUGAAUGUGCUUCAGUUGUACCUGGCGCUGCUGUGCUCAUCUGCUGUACAGCUGAUCUACUGGCUCUGAUGCUGUUGUACAAAUAGGUUUGUAGCAUCGAGAGCUGCUAGUCUGGUGUGUCUUCUUUCUUUCUUUUUUAUGUUUAUGGUCUGUGUUUCCAUGUGUUGCAUUCCUGAUAGGUAGCUUUUUAAAAGAGGUGAGAUCAGAUCAUUUGAUCCCUUUAAUGUAAGUUCUGAAUGUGCUGGAUGGAAGCCUUGUGAAAAAGUGCAUCUUAUAAACAAGAAUAAAUUGAACAUGUUGAAAUGUGUAUAAGAAAAAUAAAGAAUAUAUUCAUUACAA